AAUCACUGGAAGAUCAAGCAAACAAACUCCAUAGGCGAACCUCAUACCUGAUGGCAACUGCCAGGGACCGCACAAAUAAUGCACCUUUGGAGAUGACAUUUUCAUCACCACACCUUGUCACAGAUCAUGCUGCACAUUCCAGUCAACAUCAUAGUUCAGUGAAACUGAACAGAUUCUUUGGAGAAGUGAUUCCUAGCAUUGCAGAGGUUAGCGAGACGAGACUGUCUGACCAUGAAGAUCCUCUUGAAGUUAUCAGAAAGGGUCCAUUGCUGUGCAAGAUUUCAGUUAUAGAGGGCAAGAAAUGCAGUGACCGUUCCUGGAAACCAGUGUAUGCCAUUUUGCGACCAGCUGAGUUGUUUCUGACACGGGAUAGGGAAAGUGGAUUGACAUCCAGCUGCUUUGAGGAUCAGCACAUCCCACUCAAGUUGUGCAUGGUGGAGUUUGCUCGGGAUUAUGCCAAGAAAAAGAAAAAUGUCUUCCGAAUGUCCACAUACAGUGAGUGCGAGUACCUAUUUCAGGCUGAAGACCGUGGAACUCUUAUGUGCUGGAUACAAGGAAUUAAGUCUAUCAAUGAACCAAUGAAGACAGAAAAAUUGGAGGAAAUAAUGUCAGCAGACAGAGAGAAACUGAUGCAUUCUCCAGUUGAAAUACACACUGGGUUUAGCAGUAAGAUGUCCCCUCAGUUGGGCCAUAAAGGGAGGAAGUUGUCUGCCCUUUCCUUCAAGUCAAAACUGUCAUCUUCUCCAAACAUGAAAAGGAAGAAAUCAAAUGCUGCAGACAAAGAGGAAGUCAUCAAGAAAGGCUGGAUGGAUCGUAUACCUAUGAUGAAAAGUCUGAAGAAACACAGCGACGACAGUGCGGGACUUGCACUGGCCGAACAUGAUAUGGACAGUAAUAAGUUUCAGUUUGGCGUGCCCCUGGAGUUCUGUUUCCCAUCCCCUCAUAACGAGUAUGUUCCUCUCAUUGUGGAACUGUGCACCCGCAUUGUGGAAGCUCGUGGAUUAGAGUGUGUCGGUGUGUAUCGAGUACCGGGAAAUUCUGCAGCAGUCAAUGCCUUGACCGAAGAAUUCAACCGUGGCAUUGACAGUGUCAACAUAGACAAUGAAAAGCUGCUGGAUAUCAAUGUUAUUAGCAGUUUGCUGAAAUCAUUCUUCAGGAAACUUCCAGAACCUCUCAUUCCUGCAGAAUCUUAUGAUGACUUUAUUGAGGCUAAUCGUUGUCCAGAUGAGAAUAAACGGAAACUGAAGCUGAAACGUUUCAUCCAUCUUCUGCCUCCACAUCAAAAUGAAACAUUCAAGCACAUGGCAGAACACCUGAAUAAAGUUGCUUCUUAUGGCAACAUAAACAAGAUGGAUGCCAAAAACUUGGCCAUAAUGUUUGGACCCACUCUGAUUCGCAAGAAAGGAGAUGACACAGUCUCUCUGGUGACAGACAUGUCAGAUCAGUGCCGCAUUGUAGAGAGCACCAUUCUGCAUCAUGAGUGGUUCUUCGGCCCCUGGGAUCAAGACAGCCAUAUUCCCACGGAAACAACAGUGGAAACUGUCCCUGUGGAUGAUGGCCAGUCCCAGUCUAAAGAUGAUGAUGAAGAGGCUGACUCUGCUAUCAGCACUAAAGAAAUCAUCUCAUCAAUUGUGGGAGCAGCAAGUAAGAAGCUCCGGCAGAAGCAGCAGAAGAAAAGCCUUGAGUCUCUUGAUACAGUUGACAGCAGUAGCAUUGCAAGCACUUCCACCUAUAGAGAUCGCAGCAGGGAUGAUUCCCUCAAUUUGACACAGUCUUUGGUUUCUAUUGCAUCCUCUCUGAGUGAUUCUGAAGAGAACUCAGCAUCAAGAUUAUCAGUUUCUUCCAGUCCAUACCCACUACUGGGCAGAUCUGACCUAGUAAAUAAAGGAGAUUUCAAGAAGUCAGAAUAUCUUGAUAUAAGUUAUCAGGUAUCACCUAGUUUUCCCAGACCUCAGCAGCAGAGUGACUUUCUUUAUGGUAAGCAUGGUGAACUGGGAACAUCGGCUGAACCUGCUGGUCUCAGUCAAGAUGCCAUAAGCAGACUGAAGAGAAUUGGUGAUGAUGUAAGUGCUUUACUUCAUACUUUUGAACAAAAGCAGUUGAUAGAGAGGGAGCAUCGCAGAAGAGAGAAGGAGCUGGUCGAAAGAGAGCAUCUUCGAACUCAACUUGAGCUAGAGCAGGAAGAAAACCAUAGUGUGGAUGAUUGGUUAGAAUGGAAAGGCAGUCUGGCAACUGCAAGAAUGCCAGAUCUGGUCAGUAGCUCUUAUGUUGGAGACACAUUUUCUUAUAAUCAGAAUCAAAGCAGUUGUGUUGCUGCCAGUCAGGAUAAGAGGGAACAGAGUCAAAGAAAAAUUUCACUGGGAGUUCAAGCAGAUGUGGAUUGCUCUAGUCAGAGUUUGUCUUAUAAAGCUGGACUAGCCCAAGCAGAAGCUACUACUUUCGGUCAGUCUAGAAUGUCAAGAGGUGGGUCACAUGAAGAUAUUCUAAGCCAGUGUAAGAAUAUGGGACAUAAUGCAGCCAGGCCUGUGGUUAUGCGUGGGCCUUGCCAGAGAAGAUUGCAGGAAAAUCAACAGAAGGUACUAGCCAUUGGUGGUGCAGUGGGCUAUCCACUUCCUGUAAGAAACAGUUUUGGACGACGCCAUGGUUCUCUAGAUUCUCUUAUAGACAUGAUCGACAAGCAAGAUAAAAGGGCCUCCUGGGCUUCUUCAGAUUCUGAAGAUGGUUCUGACUUGCUGACAAGCAUCACUGCAACUUUUGACCAGAAACUGCAGAUCUUGCUCAACCCUAAAUACAAACUUACAGGCACAGGAAAAAGAUGUUCAAGGAAUGAAGUAACUGGCAGCACCAUUGAGGGAAUGGUUGAGUUGCAGAAUGACACCAUUCAUGCUAAAUUACCUGUGGUAACAAACACAAAGCAGAUUUAUACAGUAAACACAAUGCUGGACUCUUAUAGAGAUCCAAGCUUACACAGAUCUGCUAGGUCUGAUCCUAAAAUUGGCAUUGCUUCUAGAUUUGAACGAAAUGAUAUUACCAGAACUGCAUCCUCAUCUCCAGUUACAUCUUUAUCAAAUACAGGAACAAACUUGCGUAAGUGGAGCAAGCGUCAGUUACCAGAUUUCAAAGCAUUUUUGGGCAAGCCGACAUCACCUUCUAAAGACACUAACUCUGUGAUUUUAACCAAACCUAAAAAACUUGAAAACAGAGUAGUUAAGACUAGAAAUGUGAGUGACAGACGUGAACUAGGCCUGGUCUUCAAAUCUUCAAAAGAAGACAAUAAUCAGAGUCUUAAUACCACAAAUAGGCAAGCAAAUUUUUUUCUAGGAGAUAAACCUCCAACUAGUAGGCAAAUAUUAAAAGAGGAGAAAACAGACACUAUAAAUCUGGGAGCAAGACCUAGACAAAGGAGACACACUGUUGGGGGUGUGGAAGAUUUAGCUCAUAUCAGUGCCUUAUCUCAGGUUUGUUCUGAUUUCAAUCUUUGGUCUUGCCCAACAAAGUUAUCAGCAUGGGACCAGCUUCAACCUGCUGUCAGUGCUCCAGGGAGUCGUGAUAUGCAGGCCUGGCUUCGCCGAGAAAGAUUAAGAGGUAGUACUCCUGAUCUUUCAGUUGUAGGCUUGUUCUGA